AUGAAAUACUCAUAUUGCAAAAUUUUGACAUUCCAACCAAUGAACAAUCAACCCCUCCCCCCUCUGCCAGCCCUCGAGCCCCUGACCUUCCUAACGAGGAACCAGACGCACCAUGUGGACCUCGGCCAGGUCAUCCGGUUGCAAUGCAGUUUCGUCAUGAGGGACUUCCACUACUUCACCCACCCCGUCCUCUGGAAAAAGGUGCAGAAGGAAGAUGCUGUGAAGAUGAACCUCAACGAGAUCAUCGAGAAACCCUUCCUGCAGUCGAACCGCUUCACUGUGCGCUACAACUCUUCAGAGUUGACCGGUUACGACGUCGAACGCUUGAAACAACUACAACAACAACAACUGCAUCAACAGCUACAACUACAACAACAACAACAACAACAGCAACAGCAACAACAGCAACAACAACAACAGCAGCAACAACAACAGCAUAGAUAUUUACGUCAACAACAUCUCUAUAGGAGAGAUUAUAACUAUCCGAAAGCCAGAUAUUUCAUUUAA